AUGUCGAGCUCCCUAGUGCGCUUGAGAAGAUCAGCGCUGCUGGUAGCUUCCGGUGCCGUCCUGGGAGCAGGGUACCAACACACCAGAGAGCAUCCCGAAGCUUGGGAGAAAAGCAAGCUCGGUCUCUCGCGAUCAGCAAUAUUUUGGUCGCAGGCGCUGCCGAUCUGGCUGAGAUAUCGCGUGGUCCAAUGGAAGGUAGACGGACUGCCCGAAAAGGAACAGGACGAAGCUUAUGCACCCCUCCAUGACGCGCACGCUAAAGAGGCUGUGGACAUCAUCCUCAGACUCAAAGGUUUCUACAUCAAGAUCGGGCAGCUAGCGUCGACUCGUGCGGACUUUCUGCCGCCGCAGUACUACGACAGGGUGAAGAUGCUGCAGAGCGACACCCCAGCCGAACCGUUAGACUACAUCAGGGGUCUCGUGGAACAGUCCCUAGGCCAGCCGAUCGACACGAUGUUCCGCUCGUUCGAGGAAAGACCCCUUGGCGCCGCCAGCAUAGGUCAGGUGCACAGGGUCACUAUGAAGGACGGCCGGCAAGCUGUGGUGAAGGUGAUGUUCCCGGGCGUGGAAACGAUGUUCCGGUCGGACAUCAAGACGAUGAAGGACUUCUGCGCCUUGGCCCAGCCGGAGCACCUGGUGAUGCUCAAGGAGGUGGAGAAGCAGUUCCUGACGGAGUUCGACUUCCGCGAGGAGGCCAAGAACCUGGAACUCGUGCGCAAUAACAUGCGGAAGGCGUGGUCGAGGCAUGUGGUUGUACCGGAAGCUUUCCACGCCACUCCGUCGACGCUCAUCAUGGAGUACGUCCCCGGGAAGACUUUGGUGGACGCUAUCCAGGAACACUUCCAGAACGUGGCGGCGGCGCGCGGCAUGACUGUUGACGAGCUCAGACGAGAGGCGGAGGAGAAAGAGGCUAAAGGGGAAGCGGUCGUAUCACCCGGCGUCGUCAGGAUGGGGCUGUGGCGGGGGCUGUUGUGGGGGCGCGCCACAACGUCCAACGCCGGUCGUUUUCUGUACAACACGCUACUUGCCCCCGUGGCGGGGGCGACGCGCCUGGAGUACCAGAAGGCGAGGCUCCCCCUGAACACGGAGAAGCUCAUCGAGACCCUCUUCAGAGUACACGGUCAUCAGAUCUUUGUCGAUGGCGCCUUCAACGGCGACCCGCACCCCGGCAACAUUCUCCUCACCCCGGACGGAAAGCUCGGCCUCAUCGACUACGGACAGGUGAAGCAUAUGGCCCUAGAGGAGCGCGUGAAGCUGGCGAAGCUGAUCGUGGCCCUUGAUGAAGACGACCGAGAGGGUGUCGUUCGGGCCUACAUCGACAUGGGAAUCCGCACAAAGCGCAUGGAUCCCGAAGUGCUGUACUUGCACGCCAAGGCGUGCUUCGAUUGCGACCACAAGGACAACCUCGGGGGUUUCAACAUCCAGACUUACUUGGAGAUGCUCCAGGAUCGAGAUCCGGUUCUCAAGCUGAGCGACGACUACGUCAUGGUCGGGCGCGUGGCGGCCAUCCUGAGGGGGCUCGGGUACGCGGUCAAGCACAAGCCCUCCACGGCCAAGCUCUGGGCACCCCAGGCGCGCGAGCUGCUCAGGAAGCACGGUGGCGGCGACGGCGGCGACGCGGCUGCUGCUGCUACGGCCGCCCCUACUGUCACGGUGCGAUGA